AUGCUACUCGGUGCGCCAGUCAGUUGGGGCAGCAAGAAGCAGCCAAGUGUUUCGUUGUCCACGAGUGAAGCCGAAUACAUCGCACUCAGCUUGGCGAUUCAAGAGGGCAAGUGGAUUCAUCGUCUGCUUUGUGAGAUCGUGAUGGCUGCCAAUGAAGAAGGACCGGAACUCAUGAUUCAUGAAGACAAUCAGUCGUGUAUCAAGAUGACGAAGAACCCAGUCAACCACGGCCGUGCCAAGCAAAUUGAUAUCAAGUACCAUCACAUCCGUGAUGAGGUCAAGCGCGGUGAAGUGAAGCUCAAGUACUGUGAAACUGCGGUGAUGUUAGCGGACAUCAUGACGAAGGGACUUCACGGGCCACGCCACAAGGAGAUGACGGCGACUCUCGGGAUUCGUGAGCAUUCGGAUUGA